CCAUCGGAUAGCGAUUGAAAACAAAUCGCGUUUGGUCUGACUCAGUGUGUCCCCGUGCGGAUGCCGUAGAGCGGAAGAACAACAUGGUGCUGGAGAAGAAAACGUCCGCUCGGGUGGAGGGUCAGCGCAGAGUCUUGGAUGAAGCGACCAGACAGAGGCGUCUGACUCGUCAGCUGGAGGCUCUGGAGAAAGACAACUUCCAGGACGACCCUCUGUCCUCCCUCCCUCCCCCAGGGCCGACUGCCCGGCUGCCCGCCUUCAGUGAGACAGAGGAACCAGAGAAGAAGAGGAGGAAGACGAGGGGCGACCACUUUAAACAACGUUUCAGGAAAAACUUUACCACCCUGCUGGAGGAGGAGAACCUGUCGGAGAAGCCGGAGCCCAAUUACCUGUCAGCGGCAGCCCCCGUCUCAUCGCUGCCCCCCCGUCACUUCUGCUGCGUCUGUGGUUUCCCCUCCCACUACACAUGCACCACCUGCGGGGGGCGCUACUGCUCCAGCAAGUGUCUGUGUACUCACAGAGAGACCAGGUGUUUGAAGUGGACACUGUAACCGCCGCCUCGUCACCAUGGUGAUGGAAGUGACGAAAUGCUGCGGCCUGGUUCAGAAUGUUCAGGGAAGUUGAAGCUCGGACAUUUACACACUCACUCAUUUUGAUCCUGUUUCUAAAUUUAGUGAGUGCACAGAAACAUUCAUGUUAGCAGCGUUAUUCAUUCCUCGUCCCAUAUGACUCAUUUAACCUUAGGGGGUUGUCAUGUUGAUGAGUUAGCGUCAGGUUAAAGCUGCCGUGAUAGUUAAAAGGACAGAAAAGACAUUUUUGCUGUAAUGAAUUAAAAUGUUGCUGUCCCUGAGGUGUUCUAGUUGUUUUGUAAAUAAUGAGGUUGUAUUUUCAUUCUUUAAUAAAGAAACAUUGAAAUAGAA